AUGGUGAAAGAGAAAUUUGGUGGUGACGACAAUAUCGUUAACGCAGAAACCGAUUUAUCACUGUCGGCUAUUCGCCACUUGCUGAAAGGGCAUGUGGUGAACGAUGUCGCACUAUGUCCUUCUUCGCUUUAUGGGGACAUUGGAAUCACCCUGGGAGCUUAUAUGCACAGUAGGAUGAAUCCAGAUCUAACGACCGACUCGACUCCUGUUAUGAAUGUGCGAGACAUGGCUGUUCAAAAAACACUGAUAUUGCGGGGCCUUACACCACAUAUCAUCAACAUUAACGCAAAGGCCAACAGCUCAAGGCGGACUAUUCAAAUCGAGAUUAGCUCACAGGAAGGUCAGCAUGCAUCUUUUGUGGUUGAAUUCUGCAAAGAGUCGGAAUUCGUGGAUGACUGGAAGCGAACGAGCUUUCUGGUCGAAUCUCGAAUGCAAGCGCUUCGUGAGCAAAUCCCUGGGCACGAAGUACACAUUCUACGACAAGCAGUUGCCUAUAAGCUCUUCUCAUCCUUUGUUAAUUAUGACAAGACUUUCCAAGGCAUGAAAAAGGUGUAUUUUGACCCCUUGCAGUGGGAAGCGACUGCAGACGUUGUGCUUGAGGUCCCAAAUGCCGAUCAAACUUUCACCGUUCCCCCCUAUUGGAUCGACAGCAUCGGACACUUGUCAGGAUUUGUUUUGAAUGCUCAUUUAAGUGAUCAUAAUCCAAAAAGCGUAUACGUUUCUCAUGGCUGGGAGUCUCUCCUAUUCACCAAGACUCUCGUCCUGGAAAGACCUACCGAACAUAUGUUCGAAUGA